UAUAUAUUUACACUUGACAAGUCGUCGAAGACCUUUGCAUCGCUGUUUGUGUAUGACAUGUGACAUUUGAGGGUGAUGGAAGUGUAAACAGCAAAUAACAGAAAAUAUUUCGUCGUGUUAUAUAUAGUCGAAGUUACAAUCUGAUGAAAGUAAGCUGUAGGAAAAGUGAAUUAUUUUGUGUCCGCUGAUGCAGUGCUGGCAAAAACAUUACUUAAGUGAUUGAAGAUCACAAUGCAGUGUUCAUUGAUCAUAUUGGCCUGCUUUUCACUGUCAUUGCUGAAUGAGGCUGCAAGUUCUAGAAUCUUCCAGAGAGGAAGACUCAGAGGUGGGCUUCUUGGAGAACCUAAUGUCAACUACUCAGAAACAUUGCCACCAGAUGAAUGGUUCCCUCAGCAGUUGGAUCAUUUCGAUCCCACAGAUAGAAGAACAUGGAAACAGAGAUAUUUCACAAAUGCAUCAUUUCAUCAGCCAGGGGGGCCAGUAUUCCUUAUGAUUGGUGGUGAAGGCAAAGCAAGUCCUUUGUGGAUGGUAACUGGUCAAUGGAUUACAUAUGCUAAACAGUACAAUGCCCUCUGUUUCCAAUUGGAGCAUCGAUAUUAUGGAAAAAGUCAUCCUACUCAGGAUCUGUCUGUAAAAAAUCUUGUAUAUCUAAGCAGUGAGCAGGCACUUGCUGAUAUUGCUUACUUUAUUGAGGGUAUGAACAAGAAGCAUAAUUUAACACUUGGAACAAAAUGGGUUGUUUUUGGUGGAUCAUAUCCAGGAUCAUUAGCUGCUUGGGCAAGAGCUAAAUAUCCUCAUCUAGUUCAUGCAGCUGUCUCUGCCAGUGGUCCCCUGCUUGCAAAAUCAGAUUUUGGAGAAUACUAUAGAGUUGUUAGCGAUGCCUUAGCUACCUCUAGUGCUGACUGUGUAUCAGCUGUGGAGCGCGCCACUGCACAAAUUUCUAUAAUGCUACAACAUAUGGUGGGGCAACAGACACUAAAUAAAAUGUUCAGGUUAUGUGAUCCAAUAAACCCUAAAAUAAAAAAUGACUUGUCAAACUUGUUUGAGUCAUUAGCAAGCAAUUUUGCUGGAGUUGUUCAGUACAAUAAAGACAAUCGUCAGUUUGAAGGUGCCAAAGCAACUAAUAUUACAAUUGAUGUUGUGUGCAAUAUCAUGGUAAACGAUAGUAUAGGGCAGCCUGUCUCCAGAUAUGCUGCUGUAAAUUCAUUACUGUUAGACGCGUAUGGCCAGGAGUGCCUUGAUUACAAGUAUUCCAAAAUGAUUGAAGAAAUGAAAGCCAUUGCUUGGGAUAAUGAAACAGCAGAAGGAGGUCGUCAGUGGACAUAUCAAACAUGCACAGAGUUUGGAUUUUACCAGACAUCAAGCAAAGAACCAAAAUUAUUUGGAGAUAAUUUCCCAGUCGAUUUCUUUAUUCAGCAAUGCUCAGAUAUUUUCGGCCCUAAGUAUAAUUCUGAUUUCCUAAAGGCUGUCACUUACCGUACUAACACACUGUAUGGAGCCUUUGCACUGCAGGCAACCCGUGUUGUGUAUGUACAUGGUUCAAUAGACCCUUGGCAUGCACUGGGAAUUACACACACUUUACUAUCAGAUUCUCCUGCCAUCUUUAUACAAGGAACUGCACAUUGUGCAAAUAUGUACCCCAGUGCCCCAAAUGAUCCUCCGCAGCUUAUAGCAGCAAGGAAGAAGGUUGGAAAUCUCAUAGGCAAGUGGCUGCUGCAGUAGGAUUGAGUAACUGGUCGAAGAACAUUUGGUAAAUGGCUUCUGGUUGUACAUAAUUCUUGUGGAGCAUCUGCAGUAAAAGUGAAUGCUUAGACUAUGGAUGAAAAAGCUUUUGUAAUUAUUUUGGCAAACUUUUUUUUCUGGAGAAUUAGACUGCACAGAUUCUUGGUGCAUGAAAUUCAUUGUCCAUUGCCUGCAUGCUCUCUGUUACUUGUCUGCAAAGACACAGCUGUGAUAUUUUGAUAUUUGAAGUCAAUAAAUAAUCUGCAUGUUCUUUUAAGCCAAAGAUAAUUUCCUCAGUUUCCAUUAAUGGAAAGAAUGAAAUAAUAUACUAUGAAUCACUGAAAAAAAAAAAUUGGUGUUAAACUACCAGAUGCGGGUUGUGACAGUGAUUUACGUAUGUAUAU